UCUAUUUAAAAAUAAUUUAAACCAUUUAUACCAGGCAAAUUGUUCCUGAAUGGAUUUUUAAUUGCAAAUCCUUUAACAAAUUUUGUAUUGAGUCUUUAACAUUUCCUGGGUAUACAAGGAAACCAAAUUUAGCUUUAGAUAAAUAUAAUCAAUUAGCAAUUUUAUUCUCUUCAAACUGUUAAUGUAAUUUGAGGACCCAUUUUACGACAUAUUGGUACUUUAUUGUUUACUUUAUUACUAAGUGUAGGUAUAUACUACACUAGGCACCUAGCUGUUUCUUUAUGAACUUGAUUUUGUAACUUAUAUACUAUUAAUAAUGGAGUUGACUGCAUUUUGUAAAUCAACCUCAGUGUACUGGAAUUAUACAUAAGUUUUUUUUCUCACCACAUCAUUCACAGCCUGUGUUUCAGAGUUAUUCAUGUUUCAACUACUUACAAAUUAAUUAAUUUAACUUGAUUCAAAAAAAAUGUAAUUUAUAAAGUCAGAACCUACGAAAUUUGCUGAAAUGUGUGUAUCUUUAUAUUCAAAAAGAAAAUAAGAAUAGUGAAAACUUUUUUAAUUAAAAUGUAUGUUAAUUUACUGGAUAUAAAUAUAUUACAGAAUUCAAUAAAUGAUCAUGUUCAUUCACUGGUUAGAGGGCAUUUUUAUGAAAUCCAAUGAAUGAACACCCAUUUUCAUUCACUGGUUUUUCUCUAAAUUUGUAAGCCUGUGGCUGAACACCGUUUAAGUAAAAAUUAAAAACUAAUAAUAAACGUUAUUCUGAUUGUAUGAAUAAUUAUUAAAAGGACGCUAUACCCACAUGCGUUGUCUCCGUCUUACAAAUGUACAACAUAGCAAAAAAACUAUUUUGUGCGGGAUAGGAUAGAACCACUCCCUCUAUAUUUAUAGUAGAAUAAUAAAAUUACCAAAAUUCCACAACGCAUAGGGAACAACUUUAUCUGUGUCAUAACGUUUUUAUUUUUUUUUUAUAGCAUUUACCAAUCAUUUUUAAUAAUUAAAUGAAAAAAAAACAAAAAAAUCCUAAUGUUCUCAAACUGAUAACUUUAAUUUUGUCUUUUAAAUUAGAAAUCGUAUUGGAGCUCUUCAAUAUGGGUGGCCGGUGGCCGAAAUAUCCAUGCGGCUUGCAAGGAAAAAGGCUACACCUGCAUUGCCACAGACUCUAAUCGCCUUAGCAGAUUUUUUAGACAUUAACCCUGACCGGUACAAAUGUUGUGAACGGCCUUUUUACCAAGAAAGAAUUGUUGAUGGACUUGAAAAAUGUUCCAUAAUAUUUGGUUGUGAAGAACUGGUUAAUGGUGUAAUUCGACUUGGUGGAAAUGAAUUGCAUGCAGAUGCUACAUUUAAAGUAGUACCAUCUAAACCAAAAAGUCGACAAAUCUUCAUCAUACACAUUAUUAUUCAAAACCAUUCCAUCCCUAUUAUGUAUGCAUUAAUAGAAUCAAAAACUCAAGAAGCCUAUAGACUAGUACAUGAAAAAUGUAAAUCGCUGUUCCCACAAUUGGCUCCCAUCAUAAUUAUGACAGAUUACGAGAAAGCAUUAAAAAAAUGCUUUUUUAUCUGCUUAUCCUAAUGCAAACUUAUAUUCUUGUUGGUUUCACUAUGUACAGAGUUUAAUGAGAAACAUUCGACGAAAAGGCCUAACAACCUAUUUAAAAAACUCUCAUGAGGCACAAAUGUGUGUAAAAAUGUUUGCCGCAUUGGCACUUCUUCCAGCAAAUCUAAUUGAAGAAGGCUAUCAAUGUAUACGGCAACAUGCAAGGAAUAAUAAUUUACAACUAACUCCAUUCUUCAAUUACUUUAACAGCUUUUGGUUACGGAUAGUAGGCCCAGAAACAUUUUCUGUUCAUGGAAUCGCUAGGAGAACAAAUAACAAUGUUGAAAAUUUCCAUGGACGUUUAAAAGAAAAAUUUCAGACUUCCCAUCCAAACCUAUGGACAUUUUUAAAACAUUUGAAUGAACUAAGUUUAAAAAACCACAUUACCAUUGCACAAUUAAGUCAAGGUCAAAAAGUAUCCAGACCAGUUAAAAUAAAAUACAUUGCCAAUUCAGAACGCAUAAAAAUUGCAACUGCACAAUUAAAUCUAGGAACAAUUAAUGUGUCUGAUUUUUUAAUUCAAUGUUCCUAUACCGCAGAGACUUAUAUUCGAGAAGAAUUUAACUGGUACACUCUUGUCGAACCUAACCUUAUAGUUGAUAAUGAUGAUCUCACACAAUCGGAUGGAGAUGAUAGUGUGAUUCUUAAGUACACAUUAAUUAAAAAUUAA